GCUUUCUGUGGCGUGCCGCAGCCUUAACUUAAGAUCUGGGGAUCCACCUGCCAGCUGAAGGUUAUUCCGUCAAGCCGGAUCAUAGUUGUUAUUAGCCAGCUCAGUAGAACCAGUCCCACUGACCUUGGGACAAUCUGCACAGUCACCGAGUAUGAGCUCUCCUCCGAUUCCACAGGGCCUCCCUCCGGAUCCAGCAUUUCUGGCCCAGUCUCGUAUUCCAGAAAUUCUAUUUGGAACCCUAUUCCCUUUUCUGUUUGCUACCGUCUUCGUUUUUGGACGAUUCUACUCUCGAGCAAUCCUCAUAAAGACUUGGGGAAUAGAUGACUGGGGGGUUCUCGUUUCAUGGGUGGUUGGCGGAGUUGGGUUGACUGUGGUCAACUGUCUCCUCACUCGUUACGGCUCUGGAAGACAUAUCGAGACGAUGACGCUCAAUGACAUCAAAAUUACUAUUAAAUUGGGAUUUGCCGCUCGAAUACUAUAUCAAUUUACGCUGAUGACCACAAAAUUAGCGGUUUGUGCCUUUUAUUACCGUGUCUUUACGGAUCGGGGCAGCAAGAUAGUGAUUUGGUCCAUGGCCGCUGCUAUAACGAUAUUCUCAAUCCCUCUUUUGUGUUCACACGUCUUUCGCUGCCAUCCAAUUGAAGGUACCUGGUCUAUGAUCCCAGCGAAGUGUGCCAGCAUCGUCCCUCCUCUAUACGCAUCAGCAAUUCUCAACAUUCUCGCUGACGUUGUGCUGCUCGUCUUCGUGAUCCCCAAAAUUGCCCGCCUCCAAAUCCCCAAGAAGCAAAAGUUCUCUCUGAUGGCAGUUCUCUCCCUCAGUAUCCUCGUCGUCCUAGCAGCAAUCAUCAGAAUAGUACGCAUCAUUCACAUCGACAACAGCUCAGACAUCCCCUGGGAUUCGUACGACAUCGACAUCUGGGCCGCGGUCGAGAUCAACGCAGGUAUUUUCUGCGUCUCCGCACCAGCAGUCAAGCCUCUACUUCGACAAAUUGCCCCAGGGUUUGAGCUGAGCAGCCAGUCGAAUCUGGAGUUCCCGCCGAAAGACACGAAUGUGGGGAAUAAGUCCUGGAUUGAUUUCGAGACAAAGGCGGGCAGGGAGAGUGAUGAGGGUGCGAGUGGGGAUGCGGAGAGUGAGAGGGCGAUUGUGGAGAGGGAGGUUAGGGAGGGGGAGAUCAGGAAGACAGUUAGGGUUAUGGUGAAGGGGACGAGGAAGGAUCAGGGCCCUUGAGUGUGUUUGGUCCCAUCCUUUUUGCCUCAUGA